AUGUUGCGUCGCCUCGGUGUACGUCACUUCCGGCGAACGCCGCUCCUUUUUGUCGGUGGGGACGGCAGCAUUUUUGAGCGCUACACAGAAAUCGACAACUCCAACGAGCGGCGGAUUAAUGCGCUGAAGGGAUGCGGUAUGUUUGAGGAUGAGUGGAUUGCCACUGAGAAGGUUCAUGGAGCGAACUUCGGUAUCUACUCCAUUGAAGGUGAGAAAAUGAUCAGAUACGCAAAGCGCAGUGGCAUUAUGCCUCCGAACGAGCACUUCUUUGGCUAUCAUAUAUUGAUCCCUGAGUUGCAGCGAUACAUAACUUCUAUUCGUGAGAUGUUGUGCGAGAAGCAGAAGAAGAAGCUACACGUUGUGCUCAUUAAUGGAGAGUUGUUUGGAGGAAAAUAUGACCACCCUAGCGUUCCAAAGACACGGAAAACGGUCAUGGUGGCUGGUAAGCCGCGAACAAUAAGCGCCGUGCAGACCGACUCUUUUCCCCAAUAUAGCCCAGAUCUCCACUUUUACGCAUUCGACAUAAAGUACAAGGAGACAGAGGAUGGAGACUACACUACUCUCGUCUACGAUGAAGCCAUAGAGCUGUUUCAGCGCGUUCCCGGGCUCCUGUACGCGAGGGCGGUCAUUCGAGGGCCAAUGUCAAAGGUUGCUGCAUUUGAUGUGGAACGCUUUGUCACAACCAUCCCCCCUCUUGUUGGUAUGGGCAACUACCCACUGACGGGCAACUGGGCUGAGGGGCUUGUCGUGAAGCACUCGAGGCUGGGAAUGGCGGGAUUCGACCCCAAAGGUCCAACGGUGUUGAAGUUUAAAUGCACAGCGUUCCAGGAGAUAUCCACAGACCGAGCGCAAGGGCCUCGCGUAGAUGAAAUGAGGAACGUACGAAGGGACUCCAUCAAUCGCGCCGGUGUGCAAUUGCCAGACUUAGAGAGUAUUGUGCAAGAUCCAAUUCAACUCGAAGCUUCGAAACUACUCCUUAAUCAUGUGUGCGAGAAUCGUCUCAAAAAUGUGCUAUCAAAGAUCGGCACGGAGCCCUUCGAGAAGGAGGAAAUGACACCAGACCAGUUGGCCACACUUCUUGCCAAAGACGUCCUGAAAGACUUUCUAAAAGAUACCGAACCCUCCAUUGUAAAUAUACCGGUACUCAUCCGCAAGGAUCUGACUAGGUACGUUAUAUUUGAGUCCAGGCGGCUAGUUUGCUCACAGUGGAAGGACAUUCUGAAGCGUCAGUCUCCUGACUUUAGCGAAUGA